AUAACCUUAAUAUUUAUCUUACACUGUGUGUAUUGAUCAAAACCGACCGCCAGGUAGUUCUGUUGUGUCGAACAUUUAAUACACUGUGCACUGCUAAAACGACAAUAGAUUUUAUUAGGAGUUUAAGAUAAUUGGGUUGUUCACGUCUAAUGCGAUGAGUCUCGUCGUGGCAGUGUUGCAUAUAGGGGCGACAGAGUCCAAGUAUGCCUUUUCGUUCCGGUACAAACCAACCAAAAUAUACUCUGAAAACGCUUUUGCUUCCCGCAGACAGCCAACAAGCGUUUUGGUGGAUAAACAUGGGCAGUUUUACGCUUUUGGAAGACAAGCAGAAGAGCACUAUACGGAUGCCAAUCAAAAAGUCGGUUGGAGACUCUUCGAACGUUUUAAAAUGGAUAUAAAAGAUACAAAGUCAACUGUGCGAGACUGCGAAGGACGGACCUGCCCCGCGCUUGAUAUCUACGAAAUGGCAAUCAAAUAUUUACUCGGACGUUUAAUGAAGUUUAUAAGAGAUAUACUGACAAACUUGUUUGAAGAGUCGGCAGUCUUCUUCAUUAUCACCGUACCUGAUACAUGGGGUAAAAUUGGCAAACAGUUCACAUUGGAGGCUGCUGUAAAGGCGGGUAUCAAUAAAGAUGCAGUCGACUUGUCGUUUGAAUCCGAGGCUGCAGCAUUAUGGUGCAUCAAUACUGUCAAGGAGGGUCGAAUACUACAAUGCCCUGGUCACAUAUACAUUGUUAUAAAUCACGAAAGUGACAUCAUACAUAUUACGGUCCUUGAAGCAACACCCGAGGGCAAUGUUAAAAGCGCAUUCAGUGAAUCGUGUGACGGUAUCUUGGUAGAGAAGUAUUUUUUACAAUACUUUGAACGAAUUUUUGGGAAGGGGAUUUUACAGGAGUUUCGCAAACAUAAUACAAUGUCAUAUUUUGAUUUUAUGGAUUACCUUGAAGGAAAAAAGAACAUUGAUGUUAUAUUGACACAACCUAACAUUGUUGUGCGAUUACCUCGAGAGCUCAUUGAAAUUGGUAGCACGAACCGAAAACGUCAUGACUCUUCCAUACAAAGGGAUAAAAUGCGAAUCGAAGUCUCGGAUUUAAAGCAAUGGCUUGAAGAUGGAGUUACACGUCUGGUGGAAAUUAUCAAAGCUCUUUUGAUAAAAACAAAUCAGAAGGAAAUUCAAUCAGUGUUACUUGUAGGAGGUAUUGCUGAUUCCAUGUUUGUUCAAAACGAGUUGAAAACGAAGCUUCCUGGAAUAAAUGUUUUUGCACCGAAUGAAGGCAACUGGACUGUUGUAAAAGGAGCUUCGCUAUUUGGACAUAAAACUGUAUCUACCAACAUGACUCGAACUACGAAUAGCAAAAAUAUGCUUCCACCAAACGUGAUUUCGAAGAAAACCACAAUUACAAAAGCAAAACUUUCAAACAAGAAGUUUCCAGUCGUUGCUGCGUUUGAUUUUGGAACAACAUACAGUGGUUAUGCUUACUCAUAUGAAUACAACGAACAGAAUAUUAAAGCCAAUGACACCUGGCGUUCUAAUGAUGCUUCCGCAAGCUUAAAUUCACUAAAAACACCGACAACAGUUCUUCUAGACCCACAAGGACAUUUUCACUCGUUUGGAUUUGAAGCUGAAGACGAAUUUGCCCGGUUGAUAGAAGAAAACGUUCAUGAUGGUUGGAGGCUUUUUAGGCGUUUUAAAAUGAUUCUACAUAACAAUAAGGAUUUGUCCCGGUAUACGAAUGUGGAAGACAUUAAAGGCAAACCAUUUCCUGCAUUGACCAUUUUUGCCAUGUCGAUCAAGUAUCUAAGGGAACAUCUUUUAAAAGCUAUUGGACGUCAGACACUCGGAAUUGAGGAAAGCGACAUUCUGUAUGUACUUACCGUGCCGGCUAUAUGGGAUGUCGCGGCCAAACAGUUUAUGAGAGAGGCUGCAGAAGAAGCUGGUAUCAACAACGACAGACUACUCUUAGCGUUCGAAUCAGAGGUUGCGGCGUUGUGGUGUGUUCGACAUUUUAGACAUGACAUUCUUCAGUUGAUUGGGACCAAAUACAUAGUGAUUGACUUGGGAGGAGGAACGGCCGACAUUACAGUGCAUGAACGACAACCAGACGGUGACGUCAAGGUGAUAAACCAGCCAACGGGAGGCGCAUGGGGUGGAAUCAAAGUCGACGAGAAGUUUUUCGAAUACCUCGAACAAGUUCUAGGAAAAGGCAUUUUAGAAGAAUUACGUAAUACGGAUCUAGAGGAUUACUACAUGCUGAUCAGAGACUUUGAAAAUAAAAAGAGAUCUGAUCCGAUUAUCUCCAACCGCUUCACUACUGUUCGUAUUCCAAGCUCGAUGAAUCAAAUUGCGCGUAACAGACAAAAAGAAAACAAAACUCCUGGAGAAUCAAAGGCCUUUAAAGCCGACAAACUGCGCAUUGAUUCAUCAAUUAUUCAAGGCUGGUUUGAGCAUACACUUCGACCUCUUCUUGAACACAUAAAAAUCCUAAUAAGUCAAAGAAAUCUUGCAGAUGUUCGCACGAUAAUGCUUGUCGGCGGGUUUGCAGAAUCGUUGUAUGUUCAAAACAGACUUAAAGAAGAACUAUCCGGGAUCAAACUUAUCGUCCCUGAAGAAGCUGGAUUGGCUGUUGUUAAAGGCGCAGUAAUAUUUGGACAGAGGCCGUACGUUUUUGCUUCACGUGUUAUGAGUUACACUUACGGCAUUGAAGUGUACGAUGAGUUCGAUGAGAAACUACAUCUUGCAGGAAAACGAGUGUUUGUGGAUGGCAGGUGGAGGGUUAAAAACUGCUUCCAGCCAUUUGUUCGAGCGAAUGAAGCUAUUCCUGUGGAUCACUGCGUAACUCAGUAUAUAACACCAAUGGCUAUUGUUUCUCUGAUUUCUGUAUACAGGUCAUUGUCAGUGAAUCCUAAAUACACGACGGAUCCAGGUUGUGAGUACCUCGGAAUGUUAAUGAUAGAGAAUCCUGAAAAUGUAUCAUUCAACACGCAGGAAAAGGAGGUGUCAUUCAUGUUCGGAAACACGGAGAUAUUGGUGAGCGUAAAACACAUAGAGACUGGGCGAGAGGAUAAGCUCAUUAUAAAUUGUCUAUAACACAUCCCACGGGGUUGCACACACUUGGAAACAACGACAAUAUGUGAACAGGAACAUUCGAAAUGUAUUGCCUAUAUGCUCAAGUUAUUAAGGUAGAGCUAACGCUUAAGCUAAUUUGACUAUGUUACAUAAUUCAUUACAUUUAGCCAUAUUUAUGAUGAAUUUGAAAUAUGAUAUUUUCUGUGCAUAUCGUAUUUUUAUUUUGUGUUUGAAUACCAGUAGAUUCUUUUAAAACGUGUACAAUAACUUGAACGCAGAUUUUAUUUGAAAACAUCAAUAUCAUCGAUAUAUAUUUUAAAACUGAAAACUAUCCAAAAUUCAGACUAUAUUAACUAUUUAAUUGCCGGGUCAUAAUUUUUUCAUCUACAUAUUAAAUUAUUUGUUUCACGUAAUCGUCAUCAUCGUCAUGCUCGUGAAUAUCAAUUACAAUGCUUCAAGGCAUUGGCUGGAAUGUCGAUUUUUACAUCACGUCUGUCUGUCGGUAUACAUGAAAAGAAGAAAAUGUGUUGAUGUCUUUUAUUUCAAAUAAGUUCUACAAAUUAUUAUUUUAAAAACUAUAUAAAAUUGUUUAUACUCCAAUUCGUUUUGCUAUUGUUAAAUUCCGGAUACCUUUCCGUCUAUAAUACGUAAUGACGUUGGAAAUGAAUAUAUAUUUAAUAAGCAGAUGUUUGUAAAAAAAAAUCGAAAGGCAUUUAGUAAAAUCUAUAAAAAGCAAUUGUAUAGGCACCGGAUUUUCCAGUGAAAUAUGCAUGCACGACUUAUUUGUUGUUUGAAAUAGCAGUAUAUGUGUUGGGUCUAAUAAAAUAAAUAUCAAGGCAUGUUUUUGGUAUAGUAAAAGCACUAUAAGAGCAUUUGAUAUUUAUAUAUUUUCGUAAUAAUAUGUUUUGGUUGACCUUUAUUCGCUUCAAAGAACCGAAUACAAUACCCUGUUUUCUUGGUAACGAUAAGCCGAGAAUUUCAUGUUAAUGUACAAUAAGAGUGGUUUCGUUUUCACGUUAUUCACAAAUUCACGUUACUUAGCUUUAUUUGCGAAGGAUAAAACGUUUUUGCCAUUCCUUUUAUUGAUACUUAAAUGUUUGCAUGCGCAGAUAGAUAUGUUUUCGUUGUAUACAUAUAUAAAAUAUGUUAUGUUUGUUGCAAUGUUUCGCCAUGACUAAGCGAUAUUCAAAUAAACACAAUAUAUGAUUUGGAAGAUUAGGCAAUGACUAUUUGAUAAUUUGAUAGAAAUAGCAAACUAAAUAAAAAAAACAUUACCUUAAAAAUAACAAACUGAUGAUUUGUCUUUGGGGCUGGCAUUAUCAGAAUGCACCAAUGGGCAAUUUAAUGCGAGGCUAGAAACUCCUUAAGAAAGUCGGAGAACGUGACCCUUUCUUCAUGCUUACAAAUAAGCCUUUAAUUAAUUAGUAAAAUAUAUCAUUUGACACGAAUUUUUAAAACAAACAAACAUAAAUUGAACUAAAGGUGCUUGCGCAUAUGUCACGUUAGCUAUAUUAUUUAACUUUUUUUUUCUUAGCCCGAACGUGUGAUACGACCUAUAGUAAUUAAAGUAGGCUGCAUUUAUCUGUUUAACUGGUGCAGAUUGGAAGGUUAAAUUAUUGUUAAUUAAACUUCUUAUAUAGUUGUUGCACACAUAACUAAACCAGUGUAGCAGAAAUCAUUUGUCUAGAUAUAAACGCAGUUGGAAUUGAGAAAUUAACUCGGCUGAUAAAGCAUGCACGUUUUCGGGAAGAUAUAAAUAUUCCCGUAGCAGCAUAUUCGUUAAAAUCACAUGACAAAGGUCAUCGGUUACUUUAAAUUACAGUUUUGUUUGAAAUACAACAUACUAUCAGAAAUUCAUAAAUCACGCAAAUGCUAUACACUGUGGAUGAAUGAUAAUUAUAUUAUUAGUUUACUUCAAUUAAAUGUGUCUGAAUACACAACGCUGCAAAAAAGCGAGCAUUUUUAAAACAAAUGGCUCCUUCUACGUCCUUUUAUACAAAAUCCUGGGUAACAAUUUUUCCAAACGAUCCGAAGAGACUACUUAUUCAGCUUUUGGUAACUCAUACAGGUUAUUUUUCUGUGUAUGUUAAAAGUGAUGCUUUUACGAAACAAAUUCUUGAUGGGCGUUUGUACGAACUUCCAUGCAUUUAGUAUUUGGUCUGAAAAUUGCAUAAUAUGUUGCAUUAGUCAAAAUUAUGAUCGCAUAAGCGUCUUAUCCGAUCUGGGCUUUUUUUGUGUUCUUUUUUAACAUAUGCAACAACAAUUUGUUGUCUUGUGUAAAAUGUUUGUUGUCAUUAUGUCUUUAUUUUCUAUGCAAAAUCUUACGUAUUACUACAUGUACAUGAUUAUAUUUGUUGUGAAUUUAUGUUGUUUUGUAUUGUAUUGUUGAAUAUGUUUAUCAGUACUAAUUAUUCAUUUAUCGAAUAACCCUCUUAUAAUUUAACGCAUGUCAAUAACAUGUGUGGAUUUUAUCAGCCAUAUGUCUAGUAACUGGAAGGUGUUGUUUAAGUUUUAAUUGGUGAUUCUCCCCACCUAAAAAAACAACUGUGUGUUUAAACACACUUUCGUUUGGGUCUUUUAAACAGAAAGUUUGUUUUAAAACCCUUUCCAUGUACACGUUGAAAUAAAACUUUGCAAAGUGUGAUUCCGAUGAACAUCUUAAACAAACACACUACAAAUUAUGUAUGUUCAAAAUGUAUAUAAUUUAUCAAUUUCAUUUGCACCAAGCGCUUUUGAAAAUAAACCUCAUGUCCAGCUUACAAACGAAACAUUCGAUUCGUUUUUUAUAAUCAGGUACUUUAAGCAAUCCGAAAGUGUUUAUCACUGUAUUUUCGAUUAGUUUAUUUUCAGUUUUUGUAUUUUAUUGAAUAGUAUAACAAUCGUUACCUUAUUAUAUAAUGAUAUUUUUUUAAUUAUUUAUAAUUACACUUUUUUGGCUAGACAAAAGUUCAAAUUAAGGAUCAAUUUUACAGUGUAUCGUUUCUGUUUUUUGAUAGGAAUUCUAUAAAGUUGACUUUAUUGCAUUUAUUGCAUUAAGCUUGUAUCCUGACAUCCAUAAUUUGAUCGUAUAUUUCCGAGUGAUAUCGCCUAUAAAGUGUCGAAAAUGUUUGGCAGAGAUUGUACUGGUUCCAAGCAUAGAUAGAAAUCCCUUUCUUCAUAGCAAUCCACGUCACGAGAUUGUAUAUAAACAAUAAGUCAAAAAAGUAUUUAAAAGCAAACACAGUUUAUUUGUUUCGAAAAUGAACGCGUUUUGAGUUUAACAGGAAAAAUGUAUUCGGAGUAUAAUUACCAUAUAUCUUAUUUAUCCAGAUAUCCAUGUACGCAUCUUUAUUAUUUCAAAUGACUUUAUUCUUGCCCAUAAAAUUAUGUUGAAUAUGUACGAUAAGAAAACGCAACGGUUCGUAUUUAAAAUUAUACGUUUACAUUUGUUUUAACAUCUUUAUAUUUAUUAAUACAGCAUUAUAUUGUAUUAUCAAAUGAAGUUUCCGUACAAAUACUUGAUCUUGACCUUUUCGAUGUGUUAUUUUUCACAAUACAUCAUCGAUAGUUAAAUACAAUGUUACAAAACACAACGAGCGAUAGUAAUGAAUUUAGCGGCUUAAUCCAUUUGUAAAUUAAAUGUUUCCGACAUGUUUGGAUGGUUGAGUACUUUGUUCCAGAAAGAUCACUUGUAAGAAAAGAACGCAUCCCUUUUGAAACGUGUUGCAUUUGAUUCCAUUUUCAUCUUCUGAUGAAUGUUCACCCCAUAAAAGUAAUGACAAGAUCACGUUUACUUCUGUUGCAAAGUGGUUAUGUCUUCACGUCAUAUGCAAAGUUCAUACAUAUUACGUUAUCGGUGUGUGGUAGAAUAAACGCGUCGGAAUAGUUAUUUUAACAUCUAAAGCAAUUUAUGCAUUGCUGAAAACGUUGAUUUUCUUUGUAUAACUGUUUUUUUAGAUAGUUGUAGUUUUCAUUCUAUUAUACGGUCAGACAUCAUAUGCUUGGCCUGUUUAUAGAAAUAUCAGUAUGUGUGCCUUGGUUUGAAAUAUCAUAUGCAUAAUUUGAGGCAAGAGAUUUAAAUGGGAAAAAGCUGUUCUCACAAUUUUAUGGAAGUAUUUAUUAAUUCAUAAUAACACGGAAUUUCUCUGAGCAAGCAAAUGUGAAGGCUGAUAUUUG